UAUCAAACAAUCAGCUCGAUCGUUGAUAAGCUGAGGCAGAUACCUGCAAUAAGCAUACCAUAUACUGAAGACACCAAAACUCUUGCUCGCCCCGAUGUUGUCAUUCCAACUUCAGCAUAGCCAAGCUUCACGACAGGCGGCAAAAGCUGCUGCACUUGGCUUUGCUCGAACCAUAUCUUCUUCUUCGUCUCUGACGAGAGCUCCCAUAACUCUUCGAGCCGGUUGUGCCGCUUCCCAGCAACAUCGGCUCUUCUCAUCGACACCGACACACCAACUUCGUGACUUCUUUCCGGUCAAAGAGACGCCACAUAUCCAGACGACCAAGCCAGCCUGGCCACACGAAGGCUACACAUAUGAUGAAAUGUUGGCGGUCGAACCCGCUCAUCGACCUCCCAGGACAGUUGGCGACUAUACAGCCUGGAAAAUUGUCCGCUUUGCCCGAUAUUGUAUGGACAAGGCCACAGGUAUGGACCGUGAUCAGAAAUCCGACAAGACCAAGCCGACUACAGCCAUCGAGGCUGAGAAGCCACUUACCGAGGCUCAAUGGUUGAUUCGAUUCAUCUUCCUCGAGAGCGUGGCGGGAGUUCCAGGCAUGGUUGGGGGCAUGUUGCGCCAUCUGGGCAGCCUUCGACGCAUGAAACGAGAUAAUGGCUGGAUCGAAACACUUCUCGAGGAGAGCUACAACGAACGAAUGCAUCUUUUGACUUUUAUGAAGAUGUGUGAGCCUGGUUGGUUCAUGAAGAUGAUGAUCAUCGGUGCUCAGGGCGUCUUCUUCAACAGUCUGUUUGUGUCCUAUCUGAUCUCGCCCAAGAUUGUCCACAGGUUUGUCGGUUACCUUGAAGAAGAGGCUGUUCACACCUAUACUCGUUGUAUCAAGGAGAUCGAAGAUGGCAACUUACCCAAGUGGAGUGACCCCAAGUUCCAGAUACCCGACAUUGCUAUCCAGUACUGGAAGAUGCCAAAAGAGCACCGUACGAUGAAGGACUUGAUCCUUUACAUCAGGGCUGAUGAGGCCACUCACCGAGGAGUCAACCACACGCUUGGUAACCUCAACCAAACGGAGGACCCAAACCCAUUCGUCAGCGAGUACAAAGAUCGUGAGCCACCCAAGCCCGCACUGAAGCCCACCGGCUACGAUCGCGUCGAAGUCAUCUAGGGUUGUCACAAAGCGAUCACCAACGUUAGCCGAAUAAAGCCUCGCGGCAUCAGACGAGCUUGUACGAAUUACCUUGUCUCAUUUGUUCGACAUAACCGGAAGUUCUUGGUUUGAGGAUUGUAAUUCUUGCUUAUUUGCAUAUGAUACCACUGGGAAAUAGGAGUUCAACUGUGGAAGGAGUUUGGCUGGUUACUUGAAAACAAAUCUGCAUUUGAUGGCGUUCUAUUACGGAAUCCCUACUCUUGACGGUCUUAGGAGCAUUGUUUUAGUUGGGUAAAAGAAGAAGAAGAAAAAACCAUAUUCCAGUGGUAAAACGUUCUGAUUAGUUCAACCAC